AUGGCUGGACCAAGUCGGAGCUAUGCAUCGCCACCCUUUGCCUUAUUCAGUCGGUACUUGUUGAAGUGGUACGUUCGCGACGGCGAUGAGUUCGCCGAGGAGGUCGCGCAGGGGGCGACGGCAUCGGUGGAAAGGCUCAACAGCUCGACGGAGACGCAACUGAAGCAGCACGCCUCGACAUUGGCGGCGACCUGUCCGUUUAGCGGCAUGGCGAAAAGCAUGCAGGGCCUCCAAGUUGGGAGCGGACCCGAGUAG